GUCCAGCCGGACCCGGAGAUCCUGAGCCCCCGGGAAGGGGAGGUGGAGAGACCGGUGUACGAGGUUUAAGCGACUGUGGAAGGUCCACGAUGAGAUGCUCUACAAUAGGACGGUGUCCACACUCCCCAAUACCGAAAGAGUGUCUGCAGAUUCGUUCUACAGAAACCUCGGUCAAAGACAAAACACCCAUGCAUUGUGACCAGUGUCUGAAGGUUUUCGUGGACCCAGCAGAAAAAUGGUCCCGUCAGCAAGAAAGAAACUCCAUUCACUGCUGGGGGCAACAUCUGGGAGCAAGACUUACUACCAUUGUGCCGUCACCAUUCAGCUAUUCCAGUGGCCUUCUCCUCCUCUUUCUGCUCUCCUGUUGGCAGGGAUGUGACGCAGGAAACCUAAACUACAGAAGUCUUGAUCCCAACAUCACUUGGGGAAAAUCAGCUCCUGUUGUGUUCAGAGGGAUCAAACGAACUUCAAGAGAGAUCCUCACUCAUUCCCAUGUACUGGAAGCUAACGGAUUGACUAAAGUGAGACCUGGGUUAGUACCGGGUCAAAAUACAACCAUUCCAUGGAAGGAAAAGCUCUGGUCUUGUGAUAUUCUGCUCAAGCUAUCCCAACAUGUCUUAGUAACUGCCCUGGGUCCCAGCCUUGCUUGGAAUAUCUUCCCUUACCGUAACUGCGAGCAGGACUUAAAGCCCACGGGGACACUUAUUAGUCCACUGAAACUUGUGCAAGUAAAUGUGAAACCGCUGAUACUUCACAGAGUUCUGAGGUUCCUGGGUGAUUUGGGCUUUCUAGUUGAAGCACAACAAGCCAAAGCUCUAUCUGUGUUGAAGAAACGUGUCCUCAAAACAGGAAAGCCAUUGAGGUAUCCAGUGAAAUCAUUUGAGAGAUGCCCAGACAAGAGGUCUUAUCUCACCCCCUGGCACCCAGGACAUGAUGGCAGGAGGUCAGCUGUUAUAGGGCAUGGAGUUGCCCUUAGGCUGGAAUCUUCAGCCACUUUUCACUCCCUGCUUAUUCAGGAUGGAGGCACAUUAGUCUUUGCAGAUACUCAAGUGCCGCUAGUUCUGAGGACUCGGUAUAUUUUGAUCAGAAAUGGGGGGUCCCUGCUUAUUGGCUCAGAACAAUGUCCAUAUGGCUCUAACGCUACCAUCGUACUGUACGGAAAAUCUACCGAAGGGGAUGACAUAGAAGAUUUUGGAAAGAAGUUCAUAGGUGUAGACAAAGGAGGGAUUUUGGAAAUACAUGGGAGGAAACCAUUAUCAUGGACCUUCUUAGAUGCCACCUUGCACCCGGGAGGGCUCCCUUAUGGAUCGUAUAAGUGGGAGAAGCACUGGGGAAGCAGGGGCAUCAACAUUAGAAUAAUUGAUCCAGAGACCGGCCAGAUAUUAGCUGCGGAUCGCUUUGACACACACAUGUUCCUAGAGGAAGGAAAAAGGCUGGAAGACUUUCUGUCCGUGCAAAGUCCAGGCAAAGUUGUCGCCGCAGCUGUGGGAGACUCUGCAGCAAAGAGCUUAACUCCAGAUGCAAGAAGAUACUUGAGGGAAGCCCUAAACAGCAGAUACAUUUUUCAUCUUGGCUACAGGCAGCCAUGGGCUUUGGUUGGAGUCCUUGGGGAAGGUCCAUUAAAAGUAUCAGAGGAGAGGAAGCAAUAUGAAAGCAAUGGGACAACUGGUAUGGCAGUGGCUAGCAGAGAAUUCCAGACAUACAAAGGGCUGCACUUUACCAUCACUGCUUAUAGUGGCUGGAUUAAAGGCAUUCCAUCGAAUGGGUUCAAAGUGGCGGUGUCUAGGGGCAUCGUCCUUACCCUGGCGGAUGAUGUUACGAGUUGGUUGCCUGGUAACAGAAUAGUCGUUGCAAGUACCGAUUACUCAAUGCACCAAGCUGAAGAAUUCAAUCUUCUUCACUGCCCCGAAUGUAAAAGUAAUCAAGUCAAAAUUGACGGGAGCCCACUAUAUAUGCACAUUGGGGAAGUUGUUGAUGGAGUCGACAUGCGAGCAGAAGUUGGUCUCCUCACAAGGAAUAUUCUAAUCAAAGGAGAAAUGGAAGAUUCUUGUUAUGGGCACAACCAUUGCCAGUUCUUCAACUAUGACACCUUUGGAGGUCAAAUUAAGAUUCAGAGGCAGUUUAGUUCAGUUCAUCUAUCAGGGGUUGAAGUAACGAACAUGGGCCAGCAGCUGCUAGGCAGUUACCCAGUACAUUUCCACAUUAAUGGAGCUGUUGAUGAAGAAGGAGGAUACAACCCCCCGACAUACAUUGACAACAUUGCCAUUCACCACUGCUUUUCAAGAUGUGUCGCUAUACAUGGAACUCAUGGGCUUCUGGUGAAAGAUACAAUUGGGUAUGAUACCCUAGGGCAUUGCUUCUUCCUCGAAGAUGGAAUAGAACAGAGAAAUACAUUUUAUCACAAUCUGGGGUUAUUGAUAAAGGCUGGAACCAUCUUGCCUACAGACCGCAAUGAAGCCAUGUGCCUUGCAAUCCGGGAUAAUGUUUAUGGGGAUUAUAUCCCAGUACCUAGUACUGACUGCAUGGCCGUCAGCACGUUCUGGAUUGCACACCCUAACAACAACCUUAUUGGAAAUUCUGCAGGUGGCGCCCAGGAUGUUGGUAUAUGGUUCAUAUUCCAUAAAGUCCCAUCAGGUCUCUCAGAGGGACAGUACCCUGAAGGACAAUCGGAGUUUACACCACUGGGAAUCUUCUACAACAACAGAGUACACUCCAAUUUCAAGGCCGGUUUAUUCAUUGGGAAAGGAGUCAAAACAACAGUUGCCAAUGCAUUGAACCCACGGGAGUAUCUCACAGUUGAUAAUGCCCGAUUUCGUCCCCACCAAAACGCUGACCCCACUCAGCCUCGAGUACCUGCGGUCAUCGAUGGUCUGAUAGCUUUCAAAAACAAUGACCAUGGUGCAUGGGCCAGAGGGGGGGACAUCAUUUUCCGCAACUCAGGGUUCGCAGAUAAUGGAAUUGGACUCACGUUAGCAAGUGACGGAACUUUCCCAAGUGAUGAAGGCUCCAGCUUGGAGAUCUCCGAUUCCAUCUUUGUAGGAGAAAGUGAGAAUGUGGGCUCACAAGGGGGACAGAACAGCUACUGGGGACGUGGAGGUUCAGGGGAACAGAGGUCACUUCCACGGAACAAAACCUUCCCGAUUCGUGGCUUUCAGAUAUACGACGGGCCUGUCCGGCUGCAUAAAUGCACUUUCAAGAAAUUCCUCCCCACUUCAGACCGACCCUCCAGUGCAAUUGGUUUCUCUCUGAAAAAUUCUUGGCAGGUCACACCUCAGAAUAAUGUUUCCCUGAUUAAGAUGGAGAGGAAUGUUGGGCUCAAAGUGUUUUUUGGCCGGUCAGGGCAAUGGUUUGGAUCAAAUGACUAUGAUGGAGACAAAACGUCGAUAUUCCAUGACCUAGAUGGCUCAGUAACAGGAUAUCCUGACACGUUUGUGGGGCGGGCAGACAACUUUCUUUUGCGCCAUAAGGGCUGCCUUACAGUGCCUCGGUGGAAUGGAGUGAUAUGCACUGGCAGAUAUGCACAGCUUUAUAUCCAGGCGAGGCGCCCCGAGAACCUCGCCAUAUUGGUUUCCAGGGCAAUUUAUCCAUCGCAUCCCCUGAGACUUGUUGGUGUGAAUAAGGGAGCUCCGUUCCAGCAAUACCAACCAGUUGUGAUGCUUCAGCAGUCGUAUACUGUCCGAUGGGAGGGCCAAGCCCCGAGAGAAGUCAUUCUGUACCCGAUCAACUUUAACAGGGGAGACUGGUUGCAGAUAGCUUUAUGUUACCCAAGAAGCGCUGUAUUCCAAGUUAUGGCAGACAUUUACGAUCGCCACACCGGAAGGGUCCACAGCGUACGGCACUACUCCUGGGCUCAUUCCAUUCACCAGGCCUUAAACCCAUCAGAUGCAAGACUAUUUUACUUCAGCCAAGAGUCAGGAUACCUCUUCCUUCACCUACAAGCUCAUUCCAAUCGCAAAGGACAUAGUUACUGUUCACAACAUGGCUGUGAGAGAAUCAAGAUCACGGCUGACUUCUAUCCAGAGGAUCUCAAUGAAUGUAUCCCUAACCCUUACACGGAGAGGGACAGUGAAGAAAACCCAUCCCACCGGCUCUUUGUGUCUCAUCGGGUUGCCAUGCCAUGCAGCCAGUGUGGGGCUCCACAGAUAGCUAUAACCAGUAACCCAUCAAUCAAAUACACCAGGAUACAGGUGCAGUCCCUCCGCAGGGCUGAUACUUUAAAUGGGCUGCAGUCUGCUUUUAUUAAGGUUGAUGAAGAAAUAAUCCUUUUUAAGAGAAGAGGUCUUUUCUUCUUGGUGCUAGAUGCCUGCUCAGGGGCAAUAGUAAGCAAGAGGCAUUUUGACAUGGUUAGCGAUCCAAGGACUACAAAAGCCCUAAGCAGCUUCAUCCAAACAUCAAUGAAACAGAGGUCCGUGGUUCUGAUUUGCUCCAGAGAUAUCAUGGAAGCGCCUCCAAGUUCUGAAAUGUCGGUGUUCACAAAACUUGGCUCAGCCAAACCUGUUGCACUUCUCAGAAAAGGAAGUUUUGCUAUGGUCGGGUACAAGGGACUUUCCAGUCCAUCCUGGAUUAAAAUAGUUAAUAACGGCGCAGAGAAACGAGCUGCAUCUAUUCACCUUUACCUUCCAUUGAUGCUUACGGAAUACAGAUGCCCAGCUCCAAAACUUUAGGAGCCACAAGACUACAAAAGUGUCUUUAAUACCUUUGUCUUCACAGUUAUCUGUCCCCACGGGCAAAAAAAGAACGCACUUAUUUACUGAGCCAUGGAAAAGUAUUUAUGAUAGCCCUUGUCCCAAAGACAGAAUAUGAUCCCAUGUUUUUAUGCUCUUUUUGUGUAUGUUUUGCAGUUAAUAAAUGUUUUUUUCUUUUCUGUAAGCCUGAUGCAUUUGACAAUACAAGAUCUGGUGAGUUUUCUAGAGCCAAGUCUGUAAAACCUGCACUUGUUUAUGGUGGCCAAUGAUUUGAUAAAAUGGGGAACAUACCGUAGAGCCUUGUGCACAUACAGUUGCUUUCUGGGUCAAAAUCUUUUCUUGAUACUGUAUGGUGAGUGAACGUUAUUUCCGAGGAACAGGUAAGAAAUCAAUAGUUAAAUUGCUGUGAUGUAACCUGCACGCUGAACAUGUGAAAUAUCUACCCCUAUCUCCUCCCUUUGUAUGGACAAUCUCAUUUGGAUAGUUGUGAGUUUCAUCUUUUUGGUGGAAGGUAAGAUUGAGCUCAGUGUUUCAGAGGUCCCUGAGCAGAUGCCAGCUUCAUGUAAUCAUCUUGAAGAAACUGAACACAUUGUGU